GGCUGCUUAGAAAGAAGUCGUACCAGAUAGAAAAUACAGAAUGCCGGAGUUGGCAAACCCCAAGACCGCCAUCACGAUCCUUUACGGCUCGGACACGGGAACGGCACAGGACUAUGCGAUUUUUCUACUGAAGCGACUCAAGUACUUGCUGUUGAAGCCUCGUGUGGCAGCCCUUGAUGAGUACCCACUCAAGAACUUGGUGACCGAAACCCAAUUUUUAAUUGUAAUCUGUGCCACUGCCGGGCAGGGCGAGGUACCUCGCAAUGGGAAGAAGUUUAUGAGGUUCAUCUUGAAAAAAAAACUUCCUCCAGACCUUCUUAAUCAUCUUUAUAUCGCCACUUUUGGGCUCGGUGACUCUUCAUACCCCAAAUUCAAUUAUGCCAUCAAAAAGAUCCACACCCGGUUGCUCCAGCUUGGGUGCAAAGAACUCACGUUACGCUGCGAAGCAGAUGAACAGAGCCCUGAGGGCUUGGAUGGCUACUACACCGAAUGGGAAUCACAUUUGAUGACCUCUAUUAAGGGCCAUUUCCCGCUGUUGAAGCCUUUAAAUGAUUCGACAAUUCUCCGACCACAGAAUACGGUGUUGAUCGAUAAGGCCGGCGACGACGUCGAGUAUGCAGAGCCUCCCAAGCAGUUGUCGUGCUCUCGUAUCAACGUAGCGGAGGACUUGAAAAUCGGUACCAUCGAUACUAAUAGGCGGAUAACUGGAGCAGACCAUUUCCAAGACGUAAGGCACUUGGUGAUCCGAUCACAAGGACUCGAGUUCGUUCCGGGAGACACAGUCGGCAUGUUUCCGUCAAACAGCUCGCAGAUGGUCCAGACAUUACUUGAACUGCAAAAGCUAUGGCUUCCUUUUGCAGAUAAACCACUCAGCAUCAAAGGAACGAUUCCACACAUCGAAGGAGGGCUUAUCGAGGCUCGGCAUUUGACGCUCCGAACCCUCUUGACGCAUCACUUGGACAUUAUGGCGAUUCCUACCCGGUCGUUCUUUUUUAGUCUCUGGCACUACGUGGAUGGGUCUACUGAAGACGGAGCUCGAGAGAAGGAAAAACUACAGGAUUUCUGCAACUUGGAAAAUAGCGAAGAGCUCUACAACUACGCCAACCGGCCACGGCGCCUGAUCUUCGAAACGUUGCUUGAGUUUGAGAAUAACUUGACGAUUCCAGUGGAGCAUGUAUUUGAUUUGCUCCCCAAGGUCAAGCCCAGAUUGUUUCUGAUUGCGUCCAAACCGGACCCUCAAACGGUGGAGCUCCUCGUGGGGAUUGUAGAGUACCAGACGAUCAUCAAGAGAACCAGAAAAGGGUUCUGUAGCAGCUGGAUCAAGACUUUACAACCGGGAGACCCCAUAGUGUUUUCACUCCAUAGGCAGGGACUUAAUUUCGAGCUUGCCAACGGCGAUAAGCCACCAGUAAUUCUUGUAAGCACUGGGACUGGGGUGGCCCCUGUCAAGUCGCUCGUGGAACACAUCACGCAGACCGGUGAUCACCAGUUGUACAUGUUUUAUGGGUUCCGAAAUGAGGAACAGGAUUUCUUAUUCAAGGACUUGUGGCUUGAGCUCCAAAGGCAGGGAAAGCUUUCGUUGUUCCCGUGCAUUUCGAGAUCAGGAGUGGCUAAGAAACAGUACGUUCAGAAUGGGUUGUUCGAACAACGGCAGGUUGUGGGGGACUUGAUUGUAAACCAGAAUGCUAUUGUGUAUGUUUGUGGAUCGAGUGGGGCGAUGCCCCGGCAAGUUCGACAGACGAUAAUGGACAUUUUGGAGGGAAGAGACAGCGCGGUGGAGGAGGUGGAUCAGUAUCUUCGAGUGAUGGAGAAUAGUGGACGGUACAUCCAAGAGACGUGGUGACAUCCACUCAGAUAUGUGGGGGUGUUAUACUCGCCGUUGGCUCGGAUUUCUCAAUACCUAUGCCUUUAGUACAUGUUAGCUCAAUAGAAAAAGUACAAAACUAUAGACGUAUUCCACCUA